GUCACUCUUCAGAGGAGCUCUGACAGGACUGCCUCUCCUGGACUUAACUUUUCUAGGUUUUAACUUUUUUCGUCUGUUGUUAAUAGUGAGGUAUGCUCAAUUUUAUUCUGGGAUAUGAAGCCUUUAUCCAGCUCACCCGGAGAUCAUGAUUGAGUUUGUUUUGAGAAGUUUAGCACAAUUGAAGGAUUGUGGGAGAUCUGAGCUGUGUUGAUCGCGCGCCGCCCACGGGGCCCUGACUCAAGCCCAAAGGAUGGCCCUGGAGGCCUCCGCACGCCCCCUCCUCCUCCUCGCGCUGGGCCUGCUCCUGAUGGCUCCCCAGCGGGCGUGCUCCCGGCCGUGCCCUCGACCCUGCUCAUGUCCUCAGCCUGUGGAGCUGCACUGCACAUUCCGGUCCCUCGCCGCCAUCCCGACCGGCAUAUCCAAUGAGGUGGAGCGCAUUAACCUGGGGUUCAACUCCAUCAACAGGUUGACGGACAGGUCGCUGUCGGGUCUGGGGAGGCUGGAGCUGCUGAUGGUCCACGGGAACGACCUGCACAGCCUGCCUGAUGGGGCCUUCAAGGACCUCACCUCACUACAGAUGCUGAAGCUGAGCUACAACAAGCUGACGGAGCUCCGCCGCCCUGCCCUCCACGGCCUGUGGUCUCUCGCCCGCCUCCACCUCGACCACAACCACCUGACCCACCUCCACCCGGACUCCUUCCAGGGCCUCACCUCCCUGCGCGUCUUGCAGCUGGAGGGGAACCGGCUCCGCCGCCUCCACCCGCACACCUUCUCCACCUUCUCCCUUCUGGGCCACUUCCCCAUCUCCACCCUGCGCCACCUCUACCUGGCGGAGAACAACCUCACAGAGCUGGCUCCGGCCACGCUUGGGGGUGCGCCGCAGCUGGAGACCCUCCAGCUGCAGGGGAACCCAUGGAGAUGUGACUGCGGGAUGCACUGGAUCAGGGAGUGGACGCACAACUCGCCAGGUGUCCUCAAGUGCAAAAAAGACAAAGAAUACCCUGGAGGAGAGCUGUGCUCCAUGUGCUCCUCUCCGUUGCACCUUCAGGGCAAAGAGAUGCAGGCCCUGGAUGACAUGGUCUGCAUUGGUCCCGUCAUCGCGUCGCCUCUGAGACCCUCCAACCCAGAGGCUCCCGGCAUCGACGCUGCGACUCCGGACAAACUCUGGGAUCCGUUGGGAAACACCACCGUGGGCCUCUCGGACGAACACGGCAACAAGGUGGACCUGGUGUGCGAGGUGGCCGAGGCCCACACACUCGGUCGAGUCACCUGGGAGCAGAUCAGCGAGGGUCGGCUCUCUGCCAACCUCACUUGGUCGGCGGACCUCGAUUGCCCCAUCGACCGGGAGAACUACGAGCGACUCUGGAGGCUGAUCGCGUACUACAGCGACGUGCCGGCACACCUGCAGCGGGAGGAGCUACUGGGGAAGGAUCCGGAAAGGAGUUACCGGUACCGGCAGGAGACGGAGCGGGACGCGCAGUACUACACCGGUGUGAAGGUCAUCGUCGCCGCCCGGCCGCUGUGGCUCAUGCAGCCGUCACUGAGCCUGCGACUGGACCGACCGCGCUCCACGGGGAAAAAGGUGAAGCUGGUUCUGAGCUCCCGGAUCACGCAGAGCGUGGAGGCGGUGCUUGAGAGGUGUCGGAGUCGGGCUUGGGUCAUGAUAGGGUCGGACAGCACGACCGCAACAAAAGGGGUGGUUUUUGUUGUGACGACGGUGGGCGGCACCAUUCGGAUGCGAUGUAAUUCAAGGAGCUCCGGUAAGGUGCAACACCACUGGAUUCUUCCGGACGGUUCCCGGCUUGAUGUGCCUCAUGGCGUUCCGGACGGCAGGGUGUCUGCAUCCAGCGACGGGGAGCUUCUGAUCACAUCGGUCGACCACUCAGACGCGGGCCUGUACCACUGCGUCGCCACUGUUCCUGGAGACCUCGACAUCCUCCCGUUCCGACUGGUGAUCGAGGAGUCGUCCGCCCCGUCACCUGGCGACGACCGUCCACAAUCUCCGCCGAUCCAGUGGCACGCAGGCGAGCCCAUCACGCUCCCGUGCGAGUCCACUGCCGCCCCAGAUGCGGAGAUCCACUGGAUCCUCCCCGGGCGUAACAUCGUCAGCCACCAGGCCAACACCUCCAGGGUGUUUGUGUUCUCCAACGGCUCUCUGCGAGUACCGCAGAGUCUGCCGUUGGAUAGCGGGUACUACAAAUGUGUGGCCAUCAACCGACACGGCGUGGACACGCUCGCCAUGGAGGUCAACGUCACCAGACGCAUCACCCAGGCCGCGAGUACGACGCAGAGGAAGUUGGCAAAGUCGCCACAGUCGGCGUCCGGACUCCGGACCAGGAUUAAGGUGCGGUCCGAGGAGUCUGUGGACGGCUCCGGGGACGACCAAGGCGGGAAGCCGAUCAAACCGGACGUCAGUAGACGUAGAGGUCUCAUCCCGGCAAGGAGGGCCGGACAUCCAUUCAGGACGACGUGGAGAAGGCCGCUGGUAUCGCGGAAACCCGUCCAGCCGCGUGUCGAUGGCAGGAAGCCGGUGGCGGACGUACGCAGACGGGUCAACAUGGCGAGCAACAAGAUCGACCCAGGGAAAUGGGCAGACAUCCUGGCCAAGGUGCGCGAUAAAACUGGUCAGAACAGCGUCACGGCGGCCAACACGGUCCGACAAACGCAAAGGUCGGUCAGGAAGCGGACGUUUAUCGAACAGACCACGCCAUCGGAGGGGAAUGUGGAGGGUUCCGGAGAGGGCGGGGCGAUGCAGGGGAAGAAAGCGGAGGUCCUCCACACCGCAACAACAACACCUACCCCGACACGGACCACAAGCACUGCGGACUACAAACCCAGCACGCCGAGGGCGUCGGAGAGCAAACGAAAAACCCACGUGACCUCAGACACCCGCACCAACGCCAUCCACGCAACCCCCGACCCCAGAAGAACACACAACACCCCACUUACGGCGGUUUCUCGUAACACGCAAUUAGCGCACACACAGAGCACACAUGUGACCCCGAGCAACACACAAAGCACACAUGUGAAUCUGAGCGCGCCGGUCACACACACUAGGGCUGGUGCCGUGCAGCACACGACUCAAAGCACCAUAGGCUCUGCGCAAAUCACCCGAGACGAGAACCAACACCCUACCCCCCUCACUAACCCAGACCUGCAGAACCGCCUUCCCGACCUGCAGCAGAGCACCACAUCUGGGCCGCAGAGCCGUCUUACUCGCUGGCAGACGAACACAGACAGAGCGAGCAGCCGCGGCGGUGUAACCCACAACGACUCAUCCCAGGGGCACCACGGCAACGAUACUGACACAGACACAGACGUCGGGGUAGUCACAACACAAGAUGCAACACCCCCGUGGCGAGAUGUGGGGAGGGAGGCACAGAAGGGCGGGGGUAGGGAGGAUGGAGGGGUCGCUGCCGCCGCUGAGGUAAGUGGGGUCCCACUGCCAGCUGCUCCCACCCGACCUCUGAGUGUGAAAUUCCUCGGACGGGCGUCGACCUCUCCAACGGAGGAAACGACGCUUGAUGGUUGGGCGCUCAUCACAGCGUCGCCGGCGUUGGCCGGGACGAGGGAGAGGGGGAGAGAGGGAGGCCCCCGACGCAAGCGCCCAGAUUCGAAGAGGAAGAACGGUGGGAAGAGGAGGAAAACGAAGGAGAAGAGACGGAGGCAGAAGCUGAACAGAGCGCGGCAGUUAAUCGCCGCCGCCUCGAUCUCCGGAAACGGAAACGUCUCGGAAAGAGCGGGUACGACCUCCUCAGUGGUGGCGCUAAAAAUAGAACAGGCCUCGUCCGCGACGGCCGAGUUCCUUGCCACCGUUCCGUUCCUCGACCACCAAGUGACCACGACGUCAUUGCGCACAGUUUCUGUGAGUCACAAAGGAAGCACAGUCUCCGGGCUGGAUGAUGACUCCAGGACUCUUGGCGCCAGCGCUGAAGACUCCAAACCUCCACCAGCAGCCACCAUUCGCGGCAUUCCCUCCCGGGACAAAACGCCCCCCGGAGCAAUGAAAACGAUAUUACUGUCAACGGCGCUUUCCACCACACCGUUCGCUUCGACAAUGUUUUCUAAGAUUCCGCUUCCGUCAACUGCGACUUCUCCUUACGCGUUGUCGUGUGUGUCCACUUCUCUCCCGGGACCGGGAGAGUCCAGCGACGGUGAGUCCAGCCACGACGAUGAGAGCAUCCGCUCUGAAGCCUCAGCGGCGGGGGAGAGAGCGUUUCCCUCACAGCGCUCCGACAGACCCAGCGUGUCCCCACAGACUCUUCAAAGCACCGCCCUUCCGGCCGUCAUGCCUUCAGUGGCGACACAAAGGGUGAGAGUUCCAAUGAACCGCGGACCGGUCGAAUCUCCCACCAGGAACCCUCGUACUCUACUCAAAUGGCGACCAGAUGACAGGAAACAGAACCAGUCUGGAACCAGUCGAGACACACAUUCCCAAGUGGCUGGAAACAAGCCGUUCGGGAAGAUCCGUGUGACAGCACCCCUGAUGCCACCACCACCGCCCUCCUCCUCCUCCUCUGUUCCAUCACUUCAGCACGAAUCCAGCGAGUCCUCGGGGGAACACAACCCCAGCGGGACCGAGGGGCUGCCCGGGGACCUCCCAUACGACGGCGUAAAUACGAAGGAGAAACGGCCAACAACCACUAAGGUGUCGUUAGUUAAAGGAAGUGAAAGCCUGAGUCUGGAUCUGACUGGAGCGGAUGCUGCAGUCAACGAGCAUCAGCGCCAAAGCCUCCAUCCUUGGCCACCAUCGGUUGGUUCGACUACAGCCGUUGUAACUGCGAAACGCCCGUCAACCAGGAAGGGGUUGUUAGUUAGAGAAAGCUCAGGCCCGAGUAUGGAUCUGACCGAUUUAGAUGCUGCUUUCGACGAGGGUCUGAGCCAGACCAUGGACCCUGCCUUGGGAUCGGUUGGUUCGACUCCAGGCGCAGUCGCACCUACACCUACGGCGACGACAUAUUCCACAUCAAACCCCCCCAUCUCCAGCACGGCGCUAUCGGUUGUCACUCCGACCGUCGCUCUCGCCAUCACUCCCUCCGCAGCAGGGGGUGGAACAAAGCACUUUUCGGUUCCGUUGACCACGCCGAGUCCGGAGGGUUCUGGGUUCAACCACAUCUCGGACAGCCAGGUGCGAGGUACAGCCCCAGGCCAAGGGCAGGGGCAGGGCGGGGAACUACCCCCUCUCUCACCAUACAGACAAUCCCAUUAUCCACGCAAUUACAGCAAAACGGGCCUAACACUCCCCGCCCCCCGCAGUGAAACACAAUCACAGAACCGAAAUGCGGGUGAUCUUCACCCCGUUAUGAACCUGAGUCCGGACCCUCCGAGUGUGUCGGACGCCGAUCCCGUCGUACCUACGACAACCCCGGUACUCGCAAUCCCUGUGGCGACCGAGGCUGAGUCCACCGCAAUCUCGGGGUCCUCCUCGCCACCCGGGGAGAGACUGCCCCACAGAGAGAGACCGACCCCCGAGGACCGGUCCAGGGUGAGACCCCGUCCCGGUCUGGUUCCGCCCCUCCCCCAUCCGAGGGGGAACCCGUGGAUCAUGAGGGUCUAUGGCCAGACGGUUACCGUGGACGCGGAGGCCGACGGCCUCCUGCCCUGUGAGGCCGUGGGAUGGCCACACCCCUUCCUGUCCUGGACCAAGGUGUCCACAGGGGGCAGCAUCGCCCAAAACACCAAGGUGAAUCGCUACGAGGUCCACCCCAACGGCUCCUUGAUCAUCCGCCGGGCGCAGCCCACCGACCGGGGGCGGUACCUCUGCAGAGUCCAGAACCAGCACGGAGAAGACCAGGUGACCCUGGACCUGGCCGUGCUCCUCCAGCACCCCAGGGUGCUGCAGCCGCGGCACCGUGUAGUCACCGUGGCCUCAGGCGCCGGCGUCCAGCUGGACUGCACCGUGCUCGGCCACCCGCCGCCCAGGGUCACCUGGUUCCUCCCUGACGCCACCGCCUCGCUGCCCAACCGGCGGCUUGUCGUCCUCGGCAACGGCACCUUAAGGAUCGCCGGGGCGGAACCUGGGGAUGGGGGGAUAUACCGGUGUCUGGGGAGUAGUGUUGCCGGAGAGGACAGCGUCACGGUGAGGCUCCGCAUUGAGGCGGCAUCGGCGGUGGUGGAGCUGGAGCUAGAGAAUGUCACUGUGGUGGAAGGGGCGACCGGCUUCCUGCACUGCAGCGCAACCUUCUCCUCCUCUUCCUCCUCCUCCGACGACGUCAGAUGGAUCGCCCCUUCCUCCUCCUCCAUCUUCCGCUGGACCAUCCCCGACGGGACCCAGCUCCUGGAGUCCGCCAAGGCCCUCAAGACUCAAAACCUUGAGGUCCUCCGGAACGGGACCCUAAAGGUGCAAGGGGCGACACGGGGGGAUUCCGGGAGCUACGAGUGCACGGCCGUCAGCGAGGUGGGAACCAGGAGGAGGGCGGUGUUCCUGAGUGUGAUUCUCCCGCCCCCUAGGGCGGGGUCCGGGGCCAAGGCCAGGAUCUCUGCGUCGUCACCCCGGGUGAUGGAGGUUGUGUACGGGGGGGCGGUGCGGCUUGACUGCCGGGCCAGCGGUGAGCCGGAGCCCCGAAUCAUCUGGAGGACCCCCAGUAAGAAGCUGGUGGACUCCCAGUACAGCUACGACCCCAGGAUCAAAGUCUUCGCCAACGGCUCGCUCACUGUCCAAUCGGUGACGGAGGAGGACUCCGGAGACUUCCUGUGUCUGGUGCGCAAUCGCCACGGCGACGACUUCACCGCCCACCGCGUCGACGUACUCAGGCGGGCCGCCAAGAUCGACAGGAAGUUGCUGCUGCGGUCCAGCCAGGAAGUGGUGAUUGGGGGGGGGCUGAGGGUGGACUGUGUGGCGUCGGGGCUCCCCAACCCGGACAUCACCUGGGCGCUGCCCGAUGGGACCAUGGUCGACGCCCACAAGCUGAGGCCCGGACGCACGCGCAGAUACGUAGUGUUCGACAACGGCACGCUGCUCUUCAACGACGUUGGUGCGCCCGAGGAGGGCGACUACACCUGCUACGCCGAAAACACGCUGGGCAAGGACCAGAUAAAGGUGCGGGUCAAGGUUAACAUCGUGGCCGAAGGUCAAAGUAACGGUCACCCGACGCCACAGGACCCCCGGGUCAUCAUGGUUACUUAUGGCGGUUCCGCCUCUCUCCCCUGCGGCGGUGGCGUAGGGGGAGGGGCGAAGGUCUCCUGGAUCUCCCCCACCCAACGGGUCGUGACCCCCGUCUCGGGGAAGUACGAGUUUCUUGGAAACGGCACCCUGGUGGUGCACCGAGUCCAGCGCUCCGACAGCGGGAACUACACCUGCUUGGUGCCGGAGGGGGGGCCGUCGCCAAGGACGACCACGGCGCUGGAGGUGCUGCUGACUCCGCCCUCCAUCAACGGACCUUCCAUCGUAAUGGUGAAGGCCACCGAGGGCGUGAGGCUGCUGCUGGACUGUGCGGCGUCCGGGACCCCACGGCCCCGGGUGGCAUGGGUGCUCCCGGGGGAUGCCGUGGUCCCCGUGCCGUAUGGCGGGGGCGGCGGGCGGGUGGCGGCAUUCUCUAACGGCACCCUGGAGCUACGUAGCCCGCGCCGCGUGGACGCCGGCCGGCUGACCUGCGUGGCCCGCAGCGAGGGCGGUGAGGCACGGCUGGGGGUGGACCUCAGGGUGGCCCCUCCCCCCCCGCGCUCCACGGGUCGCCGGUAUAAAUCCCGCGUGGCCCCGGUGAUGGUCCUCAACGGGGGUCCGCUGUGGCUCCACUGCCCAGUCGACUCGGACCCCCCCCUGAGGCUGAGUUGGACCCUGCCCACCGGGGUGGUGCUGGUUCAACCGCAGACCGCCGGCCGGUACACCGUGCUGCUCAACGGCACGCUGGCAGUGCGGCAGGCGACACCCCACGACCACGGCUCGUAUGUUUGUCGAACAUCGGACUGGCGUAGCGUUGCUGUGCCGACGGUCCGCGCGGAGGUGGUGGUGGUUUCGCAUCCCGCCCGCAUCACCAGCGGCCCCCCCCCUGUGAGCCACGCCCAGAGGGGCGUUGCCCUCCAGCUGGACUGUGCGGCCACGGGCGCACCCCGGGCAGAGGUCGCCUGGGAGACGCCGGAUCGCACGCGACUCGCCGUGGGCACGCAACCCCGCCUCUACGGCAACAAGUACGUCCACCCGCAGGGGGCGCUGGUCAUCCAGAAUCCGACACCGAGGGACGCAGGUUUGUACCGCUGCACAGCGCGGAACGCGGUGGGUGUGGACUCCAAGCAGACCUACCUCAACAUCUCCUGAGGGAUGGAGGAGCCACAACGGAUCGGGGACUUUAAUGGACAUUAAAGGAGAAAUCCAGUGUAAAUUGGAUCUGGGAUAUGUUUGGUAUGAUAACGAGUUGGAAUGUUCGUUUGGUAGCAAAAACGUGCAUAUAGACGCAUUCUUAAGUUGGCAACUUUUAGCCGAUUCUGCCAAAACGCUAUAAACUUGGAACGAUGGGGGCAUGUCUCAUGGUAAAAACUAAAUCGCUAUUUUAAACCACUUACAAGGCUAGAAGUAGCCCGACACUUCUUUGGUCAUAUAAUAAGGUCUUAACAUAUAAAACGAGGCAUUGAUAACUUGGUAAGUGUAGAGAUUGUUUAUUAAAAAGGACAUUUUAUACACACAAUACCAUCAGUAGUUCUCCCGUCGACACCAUCUUGUCUUUAAGACUCGAUAGGUCGAUUGGCGAACACAGCUUGUGACAUCCAUGAACAACACGCAUGCUCUGUGUUCGCCAAUCUACUUACUUAUAUUCUAUAUGUUAAGACCCUUAUUAUAUUAUGAUUCAGGGGGAGAUGGGACUUUAAGGGACUUUUAAGGUGCACCUUACAAGAAAUACGUCCGGAUUCAGGGGAGAAGGUGAUUUAAGGGGUGCCACCCAUCUUCUCUUUCUUCAAUCCCUCCUCCCUCUCAUCAUCCUUUUUCUCGCUCUCACCCUACUCCCUGUUUCCCAUCCCCCUCUCUCAACCCCAUCCUUUUAAGGGACGUUUAAGGUGCGACUUCCAGGAAACACAUUCGGAUUCAAGGGGGAGAAGGGGAUUUAAGGUGCCCACCGGGGCACACCCGGAAAAAUGGGGGAAAUGGCGAUUUCAGGCGCGACCCAGGAAGAGCAUCCAGAUUCAGGGUGCGGUUGCUCGCUCUAAAUCCAAGUCAGAGGAUUACAGACGACUAUAGCUGUUGUGACUGAAAGAAAUGCAGAUGUGGAACAGAUGUGGAUUACGGGGUUCAGCCGGGAAUCUGACACUCGGGACUUCAGCUGUUCCAGCGUCAGCGCUCGAUAAAAUCUGUUGUGUUGAUCAGAGGGCUGCGGAUCCUAGGGGCCCCCUGUGGCCCCCGGCUCCGGUCCGGUUCAGUAAGGGGUAUUUUGCAUGUUGCUUGCUCAGACGAUGGUGGUUUAAGAGCAGUGUAAAUGUUUGUAGCUUUACCGCUGUAGAAGGGGGAUAUUCUUUCUAAGUUAUUUCACCGCUGUAAAUGGGGGAUAUAGUUCUAAGUUAUAUGAUUAAAACAGCGAUAGUGAUAGCUGGAUGGGUGCUGGUCCAAUUCACGCACAUGGAUAAGGGCUGAGAUCACAGCUGCCAUGGCAGUUCAUAUAUAUAUUUUUUUUUUAUCUGAUACAGAAACAUAUUUUAUAGCAUUUUUUGUAAGUUUUAUCUCUCAGCAGAUUCAAUGAGUUGAAUCCACAACUUUCAAUGGCAAAUAGGAAUGGGAUAAUUAAGAAUGCAAAUUGUAAAUUAUUCAUUAUGGACAAACUGAUGUACAGCUUAUAGUGCCGUUUUUGUACAUGUUAAUAAAGAUUUGUACCGUGAAACAAAAAAAGAGGAGGAGGAUUUUACAUGACACGAAAAAAAUGCCUAUUUGCCUAGUUUCUCACAAAUCCACUCCAUAAAUCAAACUUCUCGACGGGAAGAAAGAGAGCUUUUUUUUAAUCGCAUUUCUACUGCAAUAAUCACUAAAAAUAAAAAAAUCGAAAUUGGUUGAGUCAGAGGAAAAGAUUGCUUCAUAGAGCCCGAGAGUUUACAGUUUGAAGGAACUAGGUCAGCUGUGCUCUCUCCCAGAGGCCAGCGUCUUGUAAUCACUGUUCUGGGACUCAUUACAGAGAGCAGAUCCUCUCUUCCAGAAGGAACAUCUGGGGUCUGGAGUCGCUUUUUACCCUAGUGCAGCUGACCGGCACUUUGACUGCCUCAUGCAGUUACUCUCUCUCUCUCUCUCUCUCUCUCUCUCUCUCUCUCUCUCUCUCUCU